GUAGCAGCAUCGGUUCGAACGAUUUGGGAACAUUAACCGUUGUAACUUUCAAAAACAGACUGCUCGAAUCGAUAACGAGCAGUUUUAAAUUCGAUACACUAUUGAUUUUCAUGGAAUUAAAUCGAUAGAUCACUGUUGACAGUUUACUCGUUGAAAACAUAAUUGUAUAACACGCUUAAUAAUUUCCUUUCACACAAUAAUUUCGAAAAAUGACACGACUCGGAAGCUGUAUCGAGAGCUUAAUUGAAAUCAUUAAUUCUUAAAAUACUGUCGAAAGAUUGUCAACGGGUGACACUGUCAUCGUGACCUUUAUUCGGUUUACUCGAACGCGGUGGCGCAACCACCAGGCUCGAAGCGUUAACCGAUUGCCGCUCUAUUUGUAAAGCAUUAUACCUUUAUUUAUUAUUGUUAAUCGCCUACAAGGAGCCACGUGAAAUAGUAUGUCCGCGCGUGAACCGACGAACACGAGCUGAUUUUCGACCGGGAACACUAUUUUUCCUCGGCUCCGUUUCUAUGUCACGGGGAACAAACCUCGCGAACGAUGAACGAUCGAGACCGCAGUAAGAGAAAGAAAACGAAACAAAAAAACCAUCCAGCGUUCACUACUUUUUCGUGACGUUUUAUAAUGUUUGAAGAGGGAGACAGAAGGAAUUCUGAGCUGAUCGGAACCGUCGAUCCCCGGCGCGUAAACACACAUUCAUUCGGUUAAGGUAUCUUGAAGAAGACACAUCACAAGACUGUUUUUAUCGUAAAUCGGCGUUCUUCGCGGAAAGAUCUCGUCCGUGUUUAUCUGUCCUAACCCCCACCCACCCCUUUCGUCCUCUUUUCUCCCCUUUGCCCCAUCCCUAUAUUCUUUUUUUUACGUUACAUCCCUCGCGUGAAUUUUCUAUAUUUUAUACGGCAUGUUUAUAUUAUAUUAUUAUUAUAUUAUUAUUAUUAUUAUCGCAUGGAAACAAUGUUCUGCGAAUGGAUAGCCGAAGAGCAAUGGAUCGAUCAGCCGCCAUUAUAAACAUUCACGGAACAAGUAGUGACGACAUUUGAGUGCAGUCGUGGCUCGAUGCUCAAAAAGAAAAAGAACGGAAAAAGUGACCAAUCGACGCGGCGCUUCGUUUCGAAUCUUCUAUCUUUUGUAAAUGUACAGAAAUACACGAUCAGUUAAAAGUUAUCCGCAAUCUAUGUUCUUUCCAUCUCUUUGGAUCACGCUGACAGACCCAUUCUAAUCAUCUCAAAGUUUUAGCCUCUUCUAGACGAGUUCGAUUCAUCUUGCCGCGAGAACUUUCGAGAUAUAUUAUAAGUCAACCCUCAUCCCCCUCAUCUUGCGGAUAAUUUUUCACUCUGAAAAAAAGAAAAAAGCUCGAUCGUCGCAUCGUCCGCGCAACUGAUUCGCCGUGGCGCGACCACACACGAGUGCCUAUACUAACGAAAUUCGCGGCGAAACUGCCCCUCGUCGCCCUCCAACCCCCGCGAGAAUCGCAGUUCUCGAAGGGAUGGCAGUUACCCGUCACGUUUUCUCUGUAAAUAGCGUUAAAAGGAAAAAAAAAAGAUUCCAAGAUGAUCUUCGACGUUUCCCAGCCCCCCACGAUUUUGCCCGCGAGGAAACGCGCGAGCUUCGACCACGGCGUCCGUGAAACGAUUACUUGUAUUUACAUGAAACGAGACUUUCGUAAAAUUUUGUCGGGAAUGCCGCCGCCUCGUGCCGAUAAACGCGGCCACCAAUCGUCGACGGAAAAAGGCGCGUGAGAACACCGGCCGGAGAAGGAACUUCAAUUCCCAUCGUUUGAUCGUACCCCCCCUCUUCAUCCCUUUCCGCUAACCGCCCUCCUUAUCCCUUGGAUAAUAGCUUCUUUCGAGGACGUUAUGAAUACAGUUCCUAAUACAGUUUAAUAUCGUACAGCGACUUAGACGGUCGACCGUUGUGUCCGCGAGAUAAACAUGAUUCCAAUUACGAGUUUCUUGAUCCUCCUCUCUCCGGCUGUACGGAGAUAUAAGUAUUUAGAUAUAAGUGACAUAUCCACAGCGUGUAGUGUACUUGUAUAUGAAUACCGAAAUAAAUAUUUUCAAUGUUUUUGACAAUAGCCGGUCGUUUGUGUUGUUUAAUCGUCGCACCGCUUUCCCUGUCCGUUUCAGGCUGCGAAAGAUCCAACGAACGCGUGAAACCUGGUGACAACUGUUGGAGAAUGGAGGCUAUUAAAAGGUUGAAUCGUCAAAAUGUCCAGAAUCAAGGAAACCCCAUUCUACCAGUUGUACUAUAUUUUAUAACUGUGUGAAUUUGCCUGAUGGUGGUUAUGUUUGGGUACCCAGAAAAUGCACAGAGGGCUUGGUAUUUCAACCAUAUCUACGAAUGUGUAUUCUACCUGGUGAUUCUUGGACAUGUGACACUCUAUCAACAGACUCAUCUAUUAUAACAAACAGGUAUGAUACACCUGAACUGAUCGAUCCAAAUGAGACUAGUUAUAUGGGGUCAACAGAAGAUCCUUCAAACUUUUCUGAACUCGUUGAUUCAUCUUAUACUACCGAUAGCAUUCUCGACCCACUUAAUCAAGAAAUAGUGACGCCAUAUCCGUUAAUUAAAAUUGAGGAAGCAGUGGAUAAUCAGCAAGAAAAAGUAACAGAUAAACUGAAUACAAUUAAUAAUCUACAGAGUUCUUAUAAAAGGGAGUACUCAAUGUUAAAUCGUUUAAUGUAUCAUUUGUUGAUUCAUAAAGGGAUCACUAUUCCUUUAGAAGUUUUAGCAUCACUAACAGUGCCUUCAAGAAUUACAAGUGACGAUACAACUCAAUCAGAAGUUUCUAAAACCAAUCAGCACAAUAUUCUAAUGAGUCAUUUCACACAAAAUCUCAUUCAACAAACGAACAUACAAACCACUAUCAGAGCUGUUACAAAUCUGCAAAAUACAAUUGAACAUAGUGAAACUACGAAGAAUGAGAAUACAUCAGUGUCAAGUAUGGAAGCUGUAAACGAUACACUGGAGGCACUGCUUGGAGAUUCAGAAAAUGAAAAUAGUUUAAUUUUAAUUUCUAAUAAUAAUGGAAACAAGCAAUAUUUAACAGUUGAAAGUUAUAAAUCACUAGGUUAUUUCGUGGACCCAAAGUUUAUUAGUGUAAUUCCAUGUGUCAAAAACGUUCGAAUGCCGAACGCGACUGACUGCGUUAAAUAUUAUGUGUGUGAGCCAGAAAGGGUAUAUGUAAUUGAAUAUUCAUGUCCAUCUUACUCAGCAUUUAAUAAGUAUACUAGAAUAUGCGAUAGAGAAAGCUAUAACAAAUGUGUGGAAAAUAAUCAAGACAAUGCAGAAGUUCCAGAUAGUAAUACUAAAAUGAAAGUGAACAUGCUGCAGAAAGUGUGUACCGAACGAGGGAAAACAAAAGACCCCACAUCAGACGCACAUUAUUACAUUUGUUAUUCUCCUUCGGAUAAUUCACAAAAUUUAAAAUUUACGCGACUGGCAUGUCCAAAUAACUUAAUAUUUUGUCAGAGUAAAAAGGUUUGUACAACCAAACGGCUCUGUAAAACAACAUAAAUAUUAUUUCACUUACCUUGAGUUGGAGAAUUAAACGCAGACCCAAUCUCAGAUGAAGUAUCAGUACUCGAGGAGCUAUGGGCUGGUGAAGUUUGAAUUCGAAGUGGAGUGGCAUAAUCCAAUGCACACAUUACUACCUUCUCCAUACCACUGUAA